UUCCCGACUUUGUGUGGAUUCGGGGUACCUCGCAUGGUUUGCCCGACCUCCAGGUAGUUCUCGACAUCAACACUCCAACCGUGCGUGGUCUCAUCUCGAAAGCGGUCCGUCCUGGCUUACUCGAUUUUCACCGAGACAUUGAUAACGCGAACGGCGACAGUUACGCGGAGAUGAAGACCGUAUGCGACGAUCCCGAAGACCAUACAAUCCGCGGUUGGUACAACGGCUCGGAGAAGGUCAAAGCUAGGAUUUUGGACCUCAGAAAGCUCACGCAAGACCAAUUCAAUGAUGCUCUUGACGCCGAGGAGGAGGAUGGAUACCACGAGCAUGGACAGGAGGCAGAGCAAGAUGGAGGGAAUUUCCAAGAAUACAGGGACUCGAGUUUGGACUUCAACAAGAAAAGCUCUGCGUUUGUUCCGCUCGAGGAGGCGCCUGCCCAUGGAUGGUGA